UCCGUUUUGGUUCCGGGGCAGCGGGGCGGCCGCGAGUCCUUCCUGCGGGCGGGGAGGGGCGGAGGCGGUGCAGCCCCGGCCCCGCAGGGCAGCCCCCGGCCCGCGGCCCCGCAGCAUGUGAGCCCGGCGGGGCGGGGAUGCUCUGGCUGCUCUGCGGCCCCUCCCGCGCCAUGGAGAGCCACCAGGUGCUGGUGAUCCGCAUCAAGAUCCCCGACGGCGGGGCCGUGGACUGGACCGUGCACUCGGCGCCCCAACUUCUCUUCAGGGACGUGCUGGAUGUCAUCGGUCAAGUUCUGCCAGAUGCAACGACAACAGCGUUUGAGUAUGAAGAUGAGGACGGAGAUCGGAUUACUGUCAGAAGCGAUGAAGAAAUGAAGGCCAUGCUGUCCUAUUAUUACUCCACUGUAAUGGAACAGCAAGUAAAUGGACAGUUAAUAGAGCCUCUCCAGAUAUAUCCAAGAGCCUGCAAGCCUCCUGGGAAACGGAACAUACAUGGCCUGAAGGUAAAUACACGAGCAGGGUCUGCUAAUAAUAGCAGCUCCGCAGUCUCGGAUUCCCUUCCAAGCAAUAGCUUAAAGAAGUCUUCUGCGGAGCUGAAGAAGAUACUUGCUAACGGGCAGAUGAAUGAACAAGACAUACGGUAUCGAGACAUCCUCGGUCAUGGCAAUGGAGGCACGGUCUACAAGGCGUACCAUGUCCCUAGUGGAAAAAUCCUGGCAGUAAAGGUCAUACCCUUGGAUAUAACGCUAGAGCUCCAGAAACAGAUCAUGUCAGAGUUGGAGAUUCUCUAUAAGUGUGACUCGUCGUAUAUCAUAGGAUUUUAUGGGGCUUUUUUUGUAGAAAACAGAAUCUCUUUGUGUACAGAGUUCAUGGAUGGGGGUUCUUUGGAUGUUUAUAGAAAAAUUCCAGAGCACGUACUGGGAAGAAUAGCAGUAGCUGUCGUGAAAGGCCUUACGUAUUUAUGGAGUCUAAAGAUUUUGCACAGAGAUGUGAAGCCGUCCAACAUGCUGGUGAACACACGAGGGCAGGUGAAGCUGUGUGACUUCGGGGUGAGCACCCAGCUGGUGAAUUCUAUAGCCAAGACGUAUGUCGGAACAAAUGCUUACAUGGCGCCGGAACGGAUUUCAGGAGAACAAUACGGGAUCCAUUCGGACGUUUGGAGUUUAGGGAUUUCCUUCAUGGAGCUUGCUCUUGGGAGGUUUCCAUAUCCUCAGAUUCAGAAAAACCAGGGAUCUUUAAUGCCUCUCCAGUUAUUGCAGUGCAUUGUUGAUGAGGAGUCGCCCGUCCUUCCAGCCGGGGAGUUCUCGGAGCCAUUUGUACACUUCAUCACUCAAUGUAUGAAAAAGCAACCUAAGGAAAGGCCAGCACCUGAAGAUUUAAUGGGCCACCCGUUCAUCGUGCAGUACAACGACGGCCAUGCAGAGGUGGUUUCCAUGUGGGUGUGCAGGACGUUGGAGGAGCGGCGCUCGGCGCAGGGCGCACCGUGAGCUGCUGGGUCGUGGGACAGAGCUUUGGGCUCCCCCCAUCCGGGUCAUAUUGUGCUAAAAAGCAACACAAUCUUUUGGGAUGUUGGUUGUUGCCUUCCUCCCUCCCGCGCAGACACGUUAAGGAAUUCCCUUCACACGUUUCUCUCGUUUAAUGUCCUCAAAUUAAUCUUCAGUUAAACUGUACACAGCCUUAAAGCGAGUAUUUUAUAUCUCUAUUUUUUUGUUGUUAUUGAAUGUAUUGUAUAUUUCA